AACGUCUCGCGAUACCUCCGGAACGGGAAACAUGGCGGACGAGAACGGACGGAAGUGGGAUCGGUGCCUUGCGGACACCGCAGUGAAAACCGUAAGCGGCCUGGGCGCGGGGAUGGUCUUCUCCGCCCUCCUCUUCAAACGACGCACGUGGCCCGUCUCCUUUGGUGCAGGUUUGGGCCUGGGCACGGGCUUCUCCAACUGCCAGAACGACUUCAGGUCGCCGUGCUUGAUCCGCGGCCGCGCGGUGGAGGACCAGCAGUGAAGGAUUAAAGGAGGAUGCGGAUUCGCCAAAUAAGCAUCUGUUUCGCGUUGCCCGGCCCAUGUGGCGCUGCCACUUCUGCCCGACGUUUGCCUCGCUUAGGCCACUCGAUGUAUAUUUAAUAAAGUACCUCAAGAGGA